AUGCACGUGGCCGUCCGUACGCACGCCGAGCAUGCGAUCCUCCGGCGCAUCUACGAGCAGCGACUCGUCGCGAUCGACAAGUGUCGCGACCGACUCCUCCAGCAGGCGCGUGUGCACGAAGAGACAGUCAGCAACAUGCGCAACUACGUGGCGACGUCGCUCCAGAGCCUGUACCGCGGCUGGAAAGGGCGGGUCGUGGCCUCCGACGUGCGUCGACGGCACUUUGCUGCGAUCGAGAUCCAGCGCGUCGCCCGCGGCCUCUUGGGACGCCGGGCGGCACAGCGCGAGCGGCGAAAGCAAAACAUGGUGCUCCAGAGCCCGUGGGCCAUGAAGCAGCUGUUGGAGCGAAGCAAGCUCGUGCGCACGGUCGGGAGCUGGCAAGAGUGGUGCGACCCGUGGACCAGCGAGUUUUUCUACUUUGAAAUGUACACGCAAGACUCGCAGUGGCAGCCGCCAUCGCCGUACAAUGCGUUCUUGUGCUGCGACUGGGCGGAUUGCGGCUUCGUGGCGGCGACAAUGCACGAGAUCCACGAACACAAGCGCAGCGAGCACAAGUGGUACUGCGACGUCUGCCAAGCGCGGAACGUCGGGUACUCGUUUCCAAUCUGUCCCUACUGUGCCGUGUGCGUGACGACGCCAGACAUCAUUGCCGCCAACGACUGGCCACUCGCGACGCGUCGAGCGUCGACACUGACGGUGCCCGACGCGCCGCCAAUCGUGGUGCCGCUCAAGCGACACAACACCCCGGUGCAACGGGCCGCGGCACGCCCGAAAACCGCGUCCAUGGAGCCGCCCCGCGAUACAAUCGACGCAACGGGGCUCCUCGUCGCGACGACGGCCAUUCGCCCGUGCGACUCGACGGCGUUCGACCAUAUCAUGUGGCUCAGCGCCUUCCAUGGCGUUGCAACAGCGUUUGCGAAAGCGCAGUAUCCGAGCGGCAGUCUCUACGUCGGCGACUUUGCCGACGGUGCGUUCCACGGGUGGGGCGAGUACUACUACGCCAACGGCGACCAAUACCGCGGUCAAUGGACCAACGGCUAUCGCCACGGAUUUGGGCUCUGGGAAAGCGUGUGCGGGAAAACCUACAAGGGCCAAUGGCGCGACGGCGUCAAGCACGGCGUCGGGCUCCUGACGUUUCCAAACGGCGAGACGUACGAGGGCGAGUGGGCAGCCGGUGAGAUCCACGGCCGCGGCGUGCACUCGAGUGCGAACGGAGACGUCUACGUUGGCGCAUGGGACCACGGCGUUCACCACGGCUUUGGAUCGCUCACCAAGGCGAAUGGCAACGCGUACCGGGGUACGUUUGUGCACGGGCAUGCGGACGGCGUCGGGAUUCUCACGGCCGACGGCGAAGUCUACAAGGGCCACUGGGUGCGCGAUGUGCGCGACGGUCGCGGCGUCUGCUUUUACGCCAACGGCAGCAUCUACUCUGGGAUGUGGGCCAACGACAUGUGCGACGGCGCCGGCGUCUUUGUCUCGGCGACCGGCGAAAAGUUCGUCGGCCAUUGGCGCCGCAACCUCAAGCACGGCCGCGGGCGCUACAUCUUUGCCAACGGCGACAUCUUCGACGGCACUUUCCACGACAACGUCGCAAGCGGUCUCAGUGUUUACCGCCAUUUCGCGACCGGCGACGUGUACACGGGCCCGUUUGCUUGUGACAAAUACCACGGACACAAUGGCGUGUACGCGUGGGCGUCCGGCACGCUGUAUGACGGCGACUGGGUCCACGACGAGUUUCACGGCGUCGGCACGUAUACGUGGCGGCCAGGCAGCUCCCUCCAAGAGGCGUACGAGGGCGAGUGGCACAAGGGCAUUCGCCACGGCCGAGGCGCGUAUACGUACGUGGACGGCACGGUCUACGACGGCGACUGGGUGUCUGGGAAGCGACAUGGCCACGGCCGGUACCUCUGGCCCAACGGCGACUACUACGACGGCGCCUUUGACGACGAGACGCAGCAUGGAGACGGUGUCUUCCAGGCACACGGCGGGGACCGGUACGAAGGUGCGUGGGAUCGCAACGUCCGGUCCGGCGCCGGGCGCAUCGUGUACGCAGAUGGAAAUGUGUUUGUCGGCAGCUUCUCCAGUGGGCAACGCCACGGUCCCGGCACCAUGACGUACGCGGAUGGAAAUGUCUACGCGGGUCUCUGGCUCCACGACGAACGCCAAGGCGGCGGCGUCUAUACGUACCACGCGACGCCCACCGACACGCUGCGCCUCCGUGUCUUUGGCGUCUAG